AGCUGUCCUUGAGCCUGGACUCUGGGUGAGCUCUCUGGGUCUUAGACUUGAGGUACUAAGUUUUGAAAUUUUCAAACUUGAAAAUCACAGUAAGUGGAGAGAUCUCUGAGCUACUGCCCAUCCUAGUGUCGCUUGCAUUGAACGUUGAUUAUGUUGACAAUGAAAAGCCAGGAGAGCUUCAAAAAGGAAAGAGGUCAAUAGCCAAAUGUUCCAAGAAGUCAAGGAAGUCAUGAAGUGUUGGGGUAAGUCAGGCAGGUGCAGAGCAAUGUGUAAAGAAAGUGAAGUAUACUAUAUAUUAUGCAACACUGAGGCUAAGUGCUGUGUGGAUCCCAAGUAUGUACCUGUAAAACCAGAAUUAGCAAACACAAAUGCAAGCCUGGAAUCAGCGUCUGCAGUCUGACAUCUCUCUUCCAACCUGGAGUCUCAGCAUCCUGCGAUUCCCACAGUUCAAUUAAACCAGUCUUGGCA